AUGACUUCCAGACUGAUGCCAGCAGGCCGUCAGGCUAUGCGCAGUCCCUUCCGAUCCCUGCGCCGAACCUUUGCGACGUCUCGCGCGUUCCUUCAGACAUUCAACACCCAGCAGGGUUUCCAUUCACAGCUCGAGACAAUCGCUCCGGAAAUCUUGUCAUCGCUGUCGUCCAAGGCCGUUCCGCAAACUUUAACCGAAAAGAUUGUUCAGAAAUACUCCGUAGGACUCGCCAAGGACAAGUAUGUCCAGUCUGGCGACUAUGUCACAAUUUCGCCUCACCGAUGCAUGACACAUGACAACUCAUGGCCUGUUGCGUUGAAAUUCAUGUCCAUUGGCGCGUCCAAGAUUCAUAACCCUGACCAGAUUGUCAUGACAUUGGACCACGAUGUGCAAAACAAGACCGAGAAGAACCUCCAGAAGUACAAGCAAAUCGAGAAUUUCGCCAAGCAUCAUGGUGUCGAGUUCUAUCCUGCCGGUCGCGGUAUCGGCCAUCAAAUCAUGGCUGAAGAAGGCUUGGCCUGGCCAGGAACCCUCUGCGUUGCGUCCGAUUCCCACAGCAAUCAUUACGGUGCGCUUGCUUGUUUGGGUACACCCAUUGUGCGAACUGACGCUGCCAGCGUCUGGAGUACCGGCCAGACCUGGUGGCAGGUGCCCCCAAUUGCCAAGAUCACUCUGACGGGUGUUCUCCCCGCUGGCGUAACUGGCAAAGACGUGAUUGUGGCACUCUGCGGUCUCUUCGACAAGGACGACGUUUUGAACCACGCUCUCGAGUUCGCUGGUUCGGAAGACACGAUGCGGAGCUUGCCCAUUGAUAGCCGAAUGACUAUUGCCAACAUGACUACGGAAUGGGGCGCUCUGUCUGGUCUGUUCCCCAUGGAUGACGUGCUCAAGGGCUGGAUGAAGGGCAAGGCUACUCUUGCCGCCAUGGGCUUGGCGGACGGUCCGUUCAAGACGACUGCUGCCAAGCGCUUUACUCACGAGGCCAUCGAGGAGCUCUUCGCCAACCCUGUGACUGCGGACAAGGGAGCCAAGUACUCCAAGGAACUCUUCCUGGAUCUUUCUUCUCUGACCCCGUACGUCGCCGGCCCUAACUCUGUCAAGGUCGCCACUCCUCUCAGCGAGCUCGAGGCUGCUGACAUCAAGGUCAACAAAGCGUAUCUGGUCUCUUGCACUAACUCGCGUGCCUCGGACAUUGCCGCUGCCGCCCGUGUCUUCAAGGAGGCCGCGGAGAAGAACGGUGGUCAGACUCCCAAAAUUGCCGAUGGUGUCCAAUUCUACAUUGCUGCCGCCUCCAUACCCGAGCAGCUGGCUGCUGAGGAUGCGGGUGACUGGCAAGUUCUUGUCGACGCCGGCGCGACCGUCCUUCCCGCCGGUUGUGGUCCUUGUAUUGGACUGGGUGCAGGCCUUCUUGAGCCCGGCGAGGUUGGCAUCAGUGCCUCUAAUCGAAAUUUCAAGGGCCGUAUGGGCUCGACUGACGCGAAGGCCUACCUAGGUUCUCCCGAAGUCGUGGCUGCCAGCGCUCUCAGCGGCAAGCUCUCUGGUCCUGGCUGGUACAAGACCCCGGAGGGCUGGACUGGAGUCAAGCGCGGCGAGGGCGACGGUAUCGCCGAGGAAGACCGCAUGCUUACCACGGAGGAGGCCCUGGAGAAGCUCCUCGGUCAGCUUGAUGACUUGGUGGCCGAAAACGAGAAGAAGUUUGCUCCUGAGACUGCCACCGAAUCUCAGGUCGAAUCAUCCUCAUCCGAUACGUCAGGGACCGCUCUAACAGAAGUCUACCCGGGCUUCCCCGAGCGAGUGUCUGGCGAGAUUGUCUUCUGCGACGGAGACAAUAUCAACACGGACGGCAUCUACCCCGGAAAAUACACUUACCAAGACAACGUCUCCGUCGAGACGAUGGCCCAAGUCUGUAUGUCCAACUACGACACCGAAUUUUCCAAGAUUGCCAAGGCCGGCGACAUCCUCGUCUCCGGCUACAACUUCGGCUGUGGCUCGUCCCGUGAGCAAGCCGCGACCGCCAUCCUGGCCAAGGAAAUCCCCCUCGUUGUCUCGGGGAGCUUCGGCAACAUCUUCUCGCGCAACAGUAUCAACAAUGCCCUGAUGGGACUCGAAGUGCCCCGUCUUGUCAGCCGUCUGCGCGAGACUUUCAGCGAUGCCCAGGGCAACAAGGUUCCUACUCGUCGUACGGGCUGGACUCUGACGUGGGAUGUUCGUCGCAGCCAGAUUGAGAUUCAGGAGGGUCCCAACGGGCCCAAGUGGACUCAGAAAGUGGGCGAACUGCCUCCCAACGUCCAGGAGAUCAUUGCCAAGGGCGGCUUGGAGAAGUGGGUGAAGAAUGCGAUUGAAGCGUGA